CAGCUAUCGGUAGCUGGCGUUAGCAUUAGCACCUAUUCUUCAUGGUGUGAAGAUGAAUAAUUUCCUUCCCUUCUCCAGGUCUCAACCAAAAUGAGUGAAACUCCUUCCACCAGUUUUUCCAUGAUUCGUCGGAUUUCUUCUGAAGGUCAGGUUCCUUCUCGCCAGUUGGGCGUCACUCAGCCUGUCGUGGCCAAAAGGAUCAGCUUCUACAAGAGCGGAGACCCGCAAUUUGGCGGCGUCCGGGUGGUGCUGAACCCUCGUUCUUUCAAGACAUUGGAUGCUCUGCUGGAUAACUUGUCGGGGAAGGUGCCCCUACCCUUCGGGGUGAGGAACAUCAGCACCCCCCGAGGAAGGCACAGCAUCACGCGCCUGGAGGAGCUGGAGGACGGCCAUUCGUACCUGUGCUCCCAUGGCAGGAAGAUGCAGCCGGUGGACCUGGAAAAGGCCCGCCAGCGCCCGCGGCCCUGGCUCAGCAGCCGGGCCCUCAGCGCGCACGUGCAGCGCGCACGCGCCGCCGCCGCUUCCGCCGCUCCCGGCAUGCUGCGCGCGCCGCGGCGGCUAGUCGUUUUCAGGAAUGGCGACCCGAAGACGAGACGUGCAGUCCUCCUGAGCAGGAGGGUCACGCAGAGCUUUGAGGUCUUUCUGCAGCACCUGACGGAGGUCAUGCAGCGCCCGGUGACCAAGCUCUACGCCACGGACGGAAGGAAGGUUACCAGUCUCCAGGCUGUGAUCCUGAGCUCUGGAGCUGUGGUGGCAGCAGGAAGGGAGCCAUUUAAACCAGGAAAUUAUGACAUCCAAAAGUACUUGCUUCCUGCUAGAUUACCGGGAAUAAUCUCUCAUCGUGUGUACCCCAAGGGAAAUGCUAGGUCAGAAAGCAGAAAAAUGAGCACACAUGUACCUUCAAGCCCAAGGUCUCAAAUUUAUUCUGUUUCUUCUGACAAAAUGCAGAGUAAUGAUUGCUACUCAGACCAUUCCUUUGCUUCUGAAAAUUACUUGGCCUUAGAAAAAAAUGGUUCUCAGAAUUUAUUGAUAUAUCCUUCUGAAGAUGAUGUUGAGAAAUCAAUUAUUUUUAAUCAAGAUGGUACUAUGACAGUUGAGAUGAAAGUUCGAUUCAAGAUAAAAGAAGAGGAAACCAUAAAAUGGACAACCACUGUCUGUAGAGCUGAUCUUUCUAAUAAUGAUGAAAAGAGUGAGGUAAGCAGUUUCCCAGGAAGAACAGAUGAUGGAUCAUCUGGUUUAAAGAUUACAGCAUGUUCAUUGUCUGCAGAUGUCUCACCUCUGGAGAAAGGCAGUAUUCAAGAGGGCAGUUUGGCAGAGGAGAUCAGCAGUCCAAUGAGAGAUCAGGAUACUGAAACUUGCAAUUCUGCUAGUUGGGAGAAUGCUGCUAUGGACACAACUGCCACCCAGGGAACUCAGGAUCAAGCGAAACAUCAUUUUUAUAGGCCCCCUACACCUGGACCAAGGAGAGUCAGGCAAAAGAAAUCUGUGAUAGGGAGUGUGACCUUAGUAUCUGAAACUGAAGUACAAGAGAAAAUGAUUGGGCAGUUUUCCUAUAGUGAAGAAAGGAAAGAUGGGGAAAACAAAUCUGAGUAUCACAUGUUCACACGUUCUUGCAGUAAAAUGUCAUCAGUAUCCAACAGACCAGUACUUCUUCAAGUUGAUAACAAUGAGCAGGUGGAGUCAUCUUUAGAAAGAAAAAAGGAAAGCAGACUGCUCAAAUCAAACGCACUAAGUGCUGGUGUUGUAGAAAUUACAAGUCAGAAGAUGUUAGAGAUGUCCCAUAAUAACGGCUUGCCACAGACUACAUCAGAAAACUCAGUUGUGGAGGAAGGUAUAGUUGAUAGUGUAACAGCCGACAACAAAACUAGUGUCAAGAAUUUAAGAACUUAUGGUAACACCAAUGAUAGAUCCAGUCCUUUUUUAGCAGAUGCAACUCAUUCUUCAGGUAACAACUCUGGAACUGACAAAACUAUUUCAGAGACCCCAGCUUCAGUAGGAUCCUCUACUGUCACCACAAGAAUUGACAAACUAAUUAGUGAGUUUUCUCAGUGUGGUUUAACAAAACUUCCAGAAAACGAAAAGCAGAUUUCAUCAUCUGUUGCCAGCAAAAAGAAGAUGAAAUCUCAGCAGCAUGUGAUAAAUUCCAAGCAUCAGGGUGGGGAGGUUGCAAGGAAAGAAAUCCCCAGGAAGAGUAAAAGAAUAAACACAAGAGGUAGAAUUGCACAGGAAACCGUACUGCAGGAUUCACGUAGUCCCCUUAAAGGAGAGCUACUUUGUGAGAAAGACCUCCAUGCAAGUGAUACGGUAAUUGAAUCAAAUUAUUCUUCUUCCAAAAGUAAUAAUGCUGUGAAUUCCAGGAAUCUCCCUAGAAAUAAAUUAAAUACUAUUCAUAAUCCUAAGGUUCAGGGACUUUUAGCCAAAAGAAAAUCCAGACCACUAAACAGAGUAAACUUAGGAGAACCUACAAAAGGAGAAAUUGGUCAAGGAGAAAAAGUGUUUUCCCAUAAUGAAUUUAGAUAUCGCAAAAAUACUUUUGAAAAUCAAAAUUUAUUUCAUAUGUUUAACUUUCUUGAGCAGAAACCCAAUGCUUUUUGCGGUCCACAGGCUCAAGCAGAAAUAGCAUCUUGGUAUUUGAGAGGAGCGUCAAAGAAGAGUUUAGUUUCAAAAGUUAAUAAUUCACACAUAACUUUAAGAAGCCAGAAAAAACAAAAAGGGGAUAGGUUGAAAUCAGAUACUAUUGUAUGUAAACAGCAUGUCACAACCAGGGCAAAUUCCUUAGCUUCUUUGCAAAAAGCUGUUUUUCCUGAGGCUAUUACCCAUCAUUCAGUUCAAAAUUAUGUACAGAGAUGGUUGCAGAACAUAAGUUCAGAUUCAGCUUUGCAACCUAGACAGUCAGCUCCAAUAUGCACAAAGGAAAGGAGUGUGGUAGGUUAUAACAACAGUUGUUUUCCAAGAAAUAAUUCCCACAAAAGUUCUGGAAAAGGAAAUAAUUUUGUCCUGGAAGGUAAUAAACAUAUGACUGAAAAUGCCAGUUUGACAGGAGAUAAUCUAGGGAAAGAGGUCGGUACAUCUUUUGACAAAGAUAACAGUGAAGAACUUAGCAAAGAUCUCUAUGGGAGCCAGGUUGAAUCUCUGAAGGAUGCUUACUUGCUUUCCAUCCAUGAAUAUCGUACUUUGUCACAGUCAGCUAUUGAUGAUGCUAAUACUAAAAGUCAGGUAUCUGAUGAAAAGUCAGGACAAGAGGUAAGCCUUGUCUACAAAGACAUAAACCUAGCUACAAAAGGGCAAAGUGUAGAGGCUGCCAUUCAAGUAGAUCUUAUGGAAGAGGACACUCCAAAACACCUGUUACCAGUCUGGUUGCUUCGCCAACUGCAAGCUUUAGUUCCUAGUAGUCACAAGACUCAGAAUGGAGUUGUUCAAAUGCCAGGUUCACUUGCAGAUAUUCCCUUUCCUUCUCCGAUAUAUAAUUCAUCCACUAAUGUUCUUCUGGCUUGGCUCCUGGUGCUAAACCUAAAGGGAGGUAUGAAUAGCUUCUGUCGAGGUGAUGCUCACAAGACUACCAGCAGAACUUCAGAAAUACUUGCGUUGUUGGAGGUUCUGAAGCACAUUGCUGUCAAAGAGGAAGCAGAUGACUUGAAGGCUGCUGUUGCCAGUUUAGUGGAAUCAACCACAAAUCACUUUGGACUCACUGAGAAAGAGCAGGACAUGGUUCCAAUAGAUCUUUCUGCAAAUUGUUCUACACCCAACAUUCAGAUAGCUCCUAAAUGCAUUGAAAAUGAGAAAACACAGAAAAUCUCCUCUUUAGAUGGAGGCUGUUCUGCCAGUGAGGACAGUGUCUCUGAAGUCUGUGUUUCAGAGGGGACUUGCUCUCCAUGUGAGAUGUGCACUGUGAAUAAGACUCAUCCUCCAAAAGAGACUUGGAACCUCAGUGAUAAUUCUUUCCCCAGUGAUGGCUGUACCAUGGAUCAGACCUCCAUGAAUAAGGCUUGUUUCCUAGGAGAGGUCUCUUCCCUUACUGACACUGUGUCUUCUCAUAAGCCUUGUGCUUAUGAGGAAAACCGUAUCUGUGAGAUGGCUUGCUCAGUUGAUGAGGCCUACAUUCCCAUCAAAGUCUGUAAUACCAGUGACUUUUUAAAUUCCAAAGAAAACACAUAUACUGAUAAUUUGGAAUUGACCGAAGAGUUAGAAAGAGUUGGUGAAGUUCAGAAAGACCUAAGUAUUUUGGCAGGCCCUGGGUGUAAACAUGGCUUUAGUAUAUUGGUGUCACACCAAAAUGUCAGUAAUUUAAGCCACAGUGGCUUUUUCCAAGAUGCAACUGAACCAGAACUUCAUAGGAAACAUAGUUCUCUAGAUGAAUUUGAAAAUUGUUCAUUAAAGAAAUUUCAGGAUGAAAAUGCAUAUACAUCUUUUGAUAAGGAAGACUCAAAGACUUCUGAAGAACCAGGCUCAAUAACCAACAGCGUGACAUCAAGUGAAAGAAACAUUUCAGAAUUGGAAUCUUCUGAAGAAUUAGAAAACCAGAACACUGAUAUCUUUAAUACAAAGGUAAAUUCAGGAGAGCAAGCUACUGAAGAAUUGAUCCAAAAAGAGUUAGAGGCUAGUAAAAAUUUGGAAUUGAUCAAAGUCUCUAGCAGGAACAUUACAGAAGGAGGAGGAAGGAAAGGUGUCAUUUGUGAGACAAUCGGUAGGAGCCUGGCAACACCACCGUCUUUAGUAUUUUGCUAUGAUUCUAAGCAAAAUACUGAAAAGCAGCUCAUUGAAGGAGAAACUGAAAUGAGAGUAAAAAAGAUGGUGGAAAGCGUGGAAACUGGAAGUUUUGCAGAGUCUCUCCUUAAUUUUAAAAAUGACUUCAAAAGGUCAGGGACUUCUGAUCGGUCAGAUUAUAGACAAGACAGUGAGAAUGAACAGUCAUAUAAAACAUCCAGUGAUGGCCCCAGUGACGGUGGUGAGGAGGUGGCCCAAGAGAAAGACUAUAAUAAAGGAUUUGUUAAAAGGACAAUAGAAAAACUUUAUGGUAAAGCAGAGAUGAUGAAACCAUCUUUUUUCUCUGGGUCUACACAUACAUCUCAGGUUUGUCCUUAUGAUUCUGUGGAAUUUCAGGGUGCUGGGAAAGUAGGUCUUUAUGAUUCUGAAGGUCAGUCAUUUGGCUCUUCUGGACAGGUAUCUAGUAAUUCAACUGUGUUGCAGAAAUUUCAGGAGGAAAGGCGAGAUAAAUGUGAUUUUAAGAAUGUGAGGGCCAGUUACCAUGGGGAAGACAUUGUGGAACAUGGUACUGAACAAAAUGGUCAUAACAGAAUUCCCAGAGACAUGGAAGAGGGGGUACUGAUUGACAAGGGCAAGUGGCUUCUGAAAGAAAAUCAUUUGCUAAGAGUAUCAUCUCUUGAAAAUUCUGGCAUGUGUGGCAAUGCAGACACCACAUCAGUGGAUACUCUACUUGAUAAUAACAGCAGUGAGGUACCGUAUUCACAUUUUGGAAAUUUGGCCCCAGGCCCAAACAUGGCUGAACUCUCCUCUUCAGAAUUGGAGGAACUGACUCAACCUCCUGAACUGAGAUGCAAUUAUUUUAACAUGCCUCAUUGUAGCGACUCUGAGCCUUUUCGCGAGGAUUUGCUGGAUGUUCAAAGUAAAACUUGUUUUCAGGAGAGAAUACCAAACCACCAUGCAGAAGAGAAGUGUAAUCAUAGGUCAGAGAGAGUAUGCACAUCUGUCACUCAUGUCUUCACAUCUGCUGGUAACAAAGUUCAUCCUGUCUCUGGUAAUACUAUUAAAAACCAACCAUUGCCUGGUAAUAAUGUAAUUCAUGGUGCACUUCAGGAAGGUGACUCUUUGGAUAAACUCUAUAAUAUUUGUGGUCAACAUUGCCCAAUACUAACUGUUAUUAACCAGCCUGUAAAUGAGGAACACCGAGGAUUUGCAUAUUGCAAAGAUUCUGAUAUUGAAAAUUCUUUGAGUCUCCAAUUAUGGAUGAAAAUACACCCACGUUUACUACAGUCAGACAAAAACAUGUUCAGAGAUAAGAACGAUAAAUCAAGUAGUAGAAAAGCGUUUAUUGAUAAUGCCAUUGGCGGGACAUUUGAUGGGCUUUAUUUUAAUAGCACAUUUGACUUGAUGGAUAAAAGGAGAAAAUUAAAAAGAAUUAACUUCUUGGGCUUAGAGGAAGAAAAUAAUUUAAAUAAGUUUCAAUCAUAUUUAAAGAAUUUCUUGCACACAUUGUUGCUAGUUGGGGGUCCUGUGAAUUCAAAUAUACAAGACCCUGGAAAUCAGACAAAUGAAAUCUUUGAAGUAGUUGAUGAGAAUAACAACGUCCUAAAUCACAGAUUCCAGAACUCAAGAGCAAAUCUCAACCAAGCAGUCAGAGAGAAUGACUAUCACUGCUCCUGUGAGGUGCUUGGCCAAGCCUGCCUGUUCUGCCAGGUUGAGGCGUCCUUAGAUAUCAGCAACAGAAGCACAUUAGAAAUAUUUUAUGUUUUUGAAGAUGAAAAUCUUUCCAUUUGGGAAGAGGAAAACUAAGUAAAUUGAACUGGUCUUGAAAGCCGUGAUGAACAAGAAGGUCUCUCAUUUCAAUAUCAGCACGGCCUUUCUUCAUGAGAAAGAUGAAGCACAUGGGAUGGAUGUGGAUUAGAUAACCUCUAAGAAUUUGCCACUUCUUCAAAAGGAGCUUACCCCAGAAAUCUUGCCACUGGAUUAUCCAUCUUGACUUUCAUCAUUUCUGUGUUCUUCAUUUUUUCAGCAAUUACAGACUCAGUUUCUAUUCUGUUAUUUUUGAAGUUCCUGUGUGUUUUUUUCUUGAGCAUGUAUAAUUUCUUGUUUCUGUUAUUUUUCUCCUAA